CUCAAACAGACGUCACAUGGACACAUCACGUCGUCAAAGUAAGCUUGUUUACUUAUUUCGUUGCAUCUUUUCUUCUUUGGCGACGUUUUACGUUUCCCACACGAACAUUUUCAUAUUGCUGAUUACCUUUGCGCUCAAAGGAUAUGACGUGUAAAGUUAUGUUAGCGUAAGAUUUCCGGUUCUUCGUAUUUGAUAACUAAUUAAGGGUUCACUCGUUCUUCUUCGUCCACAAGUUCUACUUAAAGAAGGAAAAGAAACGAUUUGAAACUGAUAAACUUCCAAAACUGCGAACAAAGAUCCUGCUUGGUUGUAAGUUGUACCUCACAGGAGACCCCAUCAGCCAAAUAUGAGAACUGAAUAGUGAGGUAUCAAAAUAUCAUUCAAAAUAAUAUUUCGGCCAGCCAGACCAGGCUUUUCUAGAUUUAGAUUAUAUUGGAGUAUAUCACGGCUUUACAAUAAUAUGUUAUCGUAGCUAAGCUUUCAUACUUACAGGAGAACAAAUAUAUUGUACCACCUUGUCAUUUGUAUUUCGAAUACAUUUACCUCCGCUUUCGUUUACCCACACGAAUGUUUUCGAAAUAAUCUACUCUGAAAACCGUUUUUAGUGCGAAAGGGUAAUCUCAUUAGGUUAAAAUGCGUUCGUAGGAAAAUUUUCAUGUAAUUUCCCCUCCUCACAAUGUUUAAGCUUCUUCUUCCAAAAUUUUCGCUCGACAGUUUUCCACUUUUCCAAUUAAUGCUCUGUCCACUCUUGUCCGAAUGAUUUUGCCAAUGUUUUCAUUAACCAUGCCUUAUUAUCAUAAUUUAACAAAGACAUAUGAGUGUUUAAUCAUUUGAUUCAUGAUUUAGAGUCCUUAUUAGGUGUAGAUCACUAUACUAUUAGUUUUAGUCACUCGUAGGAAGCUUGGUUGACAGGAACAAGGCAGGUCUUUUGUUGAUCAUAUGUAAGGAUGUUGAUGGGAUAUCUUUGUUGACUAUGAUGAUAAAAAGAUGCUUAAUCGUCCGAACAAUAAUUCAAGAGUCACUUUCAAUUGUAAAUUCAAGACAUCAAUUGAAGAUCGCAAUGUUUCGGCCAUUAUUUAAAUUGUUAAUAUUUGAGAAGCGAGAAGAUUCGUUGCACAUAGUAAAUCAAUCAAUACGGGUCCCGGAUAAUUCUCUUUGUUUGAAAUUUCCACGUCCGCAACAAGGGUCACCCACAAACAGCUAAAUGUAGAACGUUCAGCAUACCAGGAAACACGAAGUCGUCUAUGGUUAUAAGCGAACGCACGUACGCUCGCUGAAAAGUUAAAAAAACUGACAGAAAUCGUUUUAGGGGAAUCCCCCCUAAUCCCCAGACCCUACCUCGUUCCAGUCUUCCUCUACUGUCAUAAGAUCGAUCCGCGACGUCGAUUGCACCAUCACUUUCGCGUGCGCUUCUGUUAUUAGGAUCGCUAACUGAAUACAAAUAACUCGACUUGAAAAGAGUUUAAGUUACCACAGAUUUUCUCUGUCCAGCAAGAAGAAACCUAAAUUUCAGUAUCCAAGCGGGUUAGAAUGGGUAAGCAGUAAAGUCUAGCGAAGGGGCAGAGGUCCCUCUUUUUGCCGUUGUUUCUAAUCGAGCCGAUUCCCCUUUUUAUCUGCAUUAAUUUCAGCAGACUGGCUAUUUAUAUCUCUAGCAACCUGUUGACAGUUUUCGAUCAGUCUUUCACGUUUGUUUCUCUUACAGGUUUCUCUCACAUGGUAUGAAGUGCGCCAUCGAGCUCAAGGUUAGAGGGGAUUUGUGUAAUUAAAAUGUUUCGUCACAUAUCAGUUUAUUAUCGCGCUAAAGAAUACAUUCGAGUUCGACGAAGAAACCUGCUCAGUGUGGAGAAUGUUUGUGUUAUGAACUUGUUAAAAACCCGAACUACAACGAUCCUGUAGGGGCGUCCGAAAACAUAAAUUCAAUUUCAGUUGGGCUAUUCUUGUCAGACGAAGAAGUUUCAAAAUUAUUGUAAAAUCUUACUUUCCUUCUCUUCGGCGUUCGCCGACUCGGGGCUCAUAGUAACGGGUAAGUUUUGUUUAGACCACUCUAAAUCCUUCGUGUUUAGAACUUUCACGUCAUCUACAAGCAAAAUUGAAUGUCCUUUAAUGACGGUGAUGAUAAUAAGAACAAUAAUAAUAAUAAAUUAGAUUUAUAUAGCGCUAAAUACAGAGUGUGUUUCCGAGAGUGUUUCCUUGAGCCAGUAAAAAAAAAAUCUUCGAUAUGUAGCAAAACCUUAGCUAAAGGUAAUUAAUUAGGUUAACUACACUCCUUCAAUUACCCUGGGUUCCAGGGUUCUUUUUUCUCGCGUUGUUCGGCCGACGAAAAACUUGUCUUCGGCCGAGGCCGAAGAGACGAGCGGCGAAGCCGCGAGAAAAACAGGUCACUUUGAAAAACUCGAAACUAAGCGAGACUUACCAUCUAAAGCCAGGAUCUCCGCUUCUACUUUUUCUCCAUCCCAAUUGACAGUCACCACCAUUCCUACAGUCAAAUCCAGUUGUUUUUCGAUGAUUAUUCGAGUUGGUGCGAUCCCGGUUUUUUGCUCUUGCCGGAAGUAAAACAACGCAUUCGAAGGACGCCUAUUCUGUUUGCACAACAGUCUGAGAGACAUGAUUACUGAUCUCAAGUAUAAGCAAGUGAUAGCACAACUGAUAAAAACCGCGAGCUAGACUAGAUCGAGUGACAAUUGGUCGCUACUCUAGUCAUUUUAUACACUUUCAUAGCGUACGGCGGAUCGAAAUUCUAUAGUUUUUAUUGGACAAAUGGAGAGUAAUUGUUUUCAACUUAGCAUAUGAAUAACACACGCGCUUUGUGUUUGCAUUGGUAAUGAGUGGAUUGACAUCUUGCCGACGGUACGGUGUAUUCCCUCAAGAGAUUCCAUUUUGAUUUCAAUCAAAAGCGCUUGAUAUUUUCGGUAAACUAGUUUUCGGUAAACUAGUUGAAUAAACUUGAUCUUGAAUAAAAAAUGUGUAUCGAUAAUCGAAUGUUACGUAACUAAAGAUGAUGGAGGAGUAGAAAAAGAACCGUGAUUAUUCAUGAAGGCAUUUGUAAACAAUGCUUAUAUUUACAAAGUUCGUGUUGAAUGUUGUUACUGUUAUUCUCCCACGCGAUAGUACUGUUGGUUUGGCAAGCAUGAUCUAAACAGAGCAGAGUUUAAUUCCUUGCAGAGGGGAAACACGCUAUAUUAGGAACCUUCAAGUGUUUACCAAACUAACUUUAGUCUGUCCGAUGUACUCUUGACUGAUCGCAGUGCGAAGACUAUUAACUUUGACAGGAUCACGGCUCGAAACAUCCCUUCCAAAGGAAUUGUAAGCUACGGUUUCAAAACAUAUCGCCAGCCGUUCGCCACGAACAUCCAGUUCGAACGGCUCACAACUUUUUUGAAACGUAUAGCUCCAGCCGUUCGAACGGCUCCCAAUUUUUUUUGAACGGAUAGCUCCAGCCGUUCGAACGGCUCCCAAUUUUUUUGGAACGGAUAGCUCCAGCCGUUCGAACGGCUCCCAAUUUUUUUUGAACGGAUAGCUCCAGCCGUUCGAACGGCUCCCAAUUUUUUUUGAACGGAUAGCUCCAGCCGUUCGAACGGCUCAUAAUUGUUUUUGAACGGAUAGCUCAAGCCGUUCGAACGGCAUCCCAUCCCGUUCGAACGGCUGAUAAACGGCUUACGAACGGCUACCGUUUCAAAACGGCAAACCGUAAGGAACGUUUUCGCGUGAGAGGUCACAUUAUAUAAUGAAGGCAUCGAAAGCCUCCUCUGAAACCAGUGUCCUUAAAUACUUAGGUGAAUACGAUUGUGAUUCUAAAUUGUCUUUAAGUUCGAGAUACAUGUAUGAAAAAACAUUAAUGUGUUACAAUUUAUACUUCAGUUUACUAUCAAUACUAAAUGGCUACAGGCCUCAUUUUGGAAAAGAGGCUAAAGGUGAUUCGCAAAUGGCCUAUUGAAAAAGGAACAGAGUAACAAUUUAACCUAUCCAAAUGAUAUGGCUUUUUCAUAUUGGUGUCCCACCGCGUCAAAAUUUUUGUAAUUAUUAUUUUAGAGAAUCACGCUCAAAAUGGAUUCAUAGUUCUCCUCUUUCUUUCCCUUAGAUAACACUACUUUGGUUACUAUGGCUGCAGUCUCCGAUAAAAUGUGAACCCAUACCAUGUCCUCUGUCAAAAAACAUUGUACGGUAUAGUCCCAAUGGUGAAAUAGUGGACUGUGUUCCUUGUGCAAACUGUCCCAUUGGACAGGGAUUGUCAGUUCCUUGUGGAUCCAAGGUGUCAAAUGACUCAAAAAUUGAGUGUGUAUUUUGUGAACCUAACAAAACUUUCUCUGAUAAGCAUGGAAAAGGUCACUGCAAAACGUGUCAAGAUUGUGGUUUGAGGAAUAUGAUUAAGGAAUGCACAAUUAACCACAACCGUGAGUGUGGGAAAACAUGUCCUAAAGGAUAUGAAUUUGACAUUAACAUUGAUGACUGUGUGAAAGUGGAAUCAAUGAUGCCCACACCUACUACAACACAUUCCACAAAAACUGUUAAAUUGGAAACCAGUCACAAAGAGAUAACUGAAACACAAUCUGAAACGGAAGCCUAUGAUGUUACCACCACUGCCUCAAGUCCUUCAGUUAAAGUCAAGAAAAACAGCAGUCAACCACUAAAAGAAAAUUAUGACUCUGCAAAUGUGUGGUCAACAAACAAAGUUCAGCCUGGACAGGACCACAAAACACUUUUAACAAUUAACUAUGUUUUGAUAGCUUUAGUUAUUGUGUUUGCUCCAACUAUCUUAGUGCUGGUGAUAGUGAUUGUCCACAAGAAAAGGCAAGAUCACAGUAAUCCAAGAGAUGAGGAGUCAACAGGUAAGAUUUUAACACUCAAAAAUUGGUCAAAAAUCGUGCUAGUAAGUCCUCUGGUCUUGCCAUCAGGGAACUGAUAGCAUGAAAAGUGUUUUUUAAAAAGCUGAUGACAAAACAGGUGAUAUGUCAAAUCACAAGUAAAAAUUUUAAACACUAACCUCAACCCUUAAACUUCCACCACCAACCAAAACAAAAUUUCUCCUUACAACAUGAUUAAAACAUCUGCAGAUAAGUGGUGAGAAUAAAGCAAAAUAUCAGUUAACAUUAUUUGUUGAUCCAUUACCAAUUUCACCAAACUCAAUCUAUAUGAAUUGUGUGGCAGACAGUAAGGAGAAUUACUAAUGAAAUAUUGAGAGUGAAAAGGUCACCUGAAACAGGAACAAGAAAUUUACAUCCAGUGUUUAAUGUCAAGACAUAAGUUGCCCAGUAGUUUGGGAAGGCAGUUGAUUCUGCUCCCCAAUUUCUUCAGAGCACUUUUCCAAUAUUAUUUCAGAAAACCAAUCUGAAAAUGUUUUAUUUUAGAUCACAUCUUCACCCUCAUCCACUUACAUUUUACCUUUUCAAUUAGUUCAGUGAAGUCAUCCAUAAAAUUUGACAACAAGCCCACAUCUUUAACCCCUAAAGAGUGACCAAGACAGAAUCUCUCCUUACAAUCGAUAUCUGUACGAUGUUGAGAAGACAAGUGAUGAGAAUUAAGACAAAUAUUGAUUGGGCAAUACUUAGUUCGUCCAAUAGCAAAUUCUCCCAGCUAACAUAAACAGAACUGUCUAGCAGACAGUAAGGUGAAUUAAUUAUGAGAUCUGAAUCUUUGUGACGUAGACUGAAUAUAUUCAUAAAUUUUCUUAAGAUUUAAUUUUGCUGAUCAUAACUUUAAGUUUGCUUUACAAUUAAUUUUAGCUCUCCUUUCUAUAUUUUUGCAUAUAAAGUCUUCAUGCAUGCAGUGCUUGGUCAAUAAUUGCAAUUAACUUAGAACAUACCAUUUUCAGAUAAUGCUGCAGAAAUUAUUCCACUGACUGAUGUUGGUGAAAGUGAGGGUUCAUCACAAGCCACAAAUAGUGGCUCUUCAACACAAGGUAUUUUAAACUUUGAAUUCAACAUAGAAUAGGUUAGCAUUAUCUUACAAAAAAGGAAAAAACAAAAACAAAAAGGAUUGCAUUGAUAAAAAGCAAUUACCUAUUGUUCUGUAAUUUUUUUCUUUACCUCAAGUUCUGGGGAUUGAAAGAGGGUAAGUUUCUAGUGAAAUUGCUGUGUUGCAUUGGUGGGAGAGUAUAACAGGGUAAUAAUAACAUCAAAUUAGUUCAUAAUGUAAAUUGGCCACCAUAAAGAGUUUAAAAGGCUGACAUUUCAAGCAUUUAUAGCCCUUCAUCAGAUUGAUUGGAAGAAUUGUAGGUUGUGUGUGUUUAUAUAAAAAUUAUGCAGAUAAUGGAGCUAUGCUAAUUGUGGGAAUAUGGUGAAGAGAAAGCAAGAAUAAAUUUUAGUUAAACUCUCUCAAACUAGAGAUUUAGUUUGCUACUCAGUAUAAUAAAAUUCUAUCAUGAGACCUCAUUUAGCAUAAACCAAGCAGCAACCAGCCUUUGAUCAGCUAUCCAAACCUGGCCUCAUUUAAUUUUCAUGACUUGAAUUAGUAAUUUCACUUUAAAUCUAUAAGAUGUAUGUAUCACAUAUUGCUUUUAUACAAUUGGCGUAAACAUUUGAACCAAAAAUUAUAUUUCAGUUCUCUGUCACAGUUCAACAAUUAUCACUGUAUGACCAAAAAUUGUGGCUUUAUCAAUUAAUGCAGUUUAAAUGUUGACUUCUUAAACUCUAAGAUCUGAUUCAUUUUAAAUUCUCCCUUCUAUAGUGGCAUCUGUUUAUUCCAGCCCCUAGAAAUCAGGAAGCCAGGAGUAUUUUCAUUAGCUGCCAACAAAGUUUGAAUUCUCAUUACCUGGUGGCUGGUUCAAAUAUCAAAAUUGUGUGGAGAACAUGUUAAUCACAUCAGAGAAUUUAAGAGAAAUAGCUUCAAGUUUUUAUGUUUUUUUCAUUUUUUCAUUAGAGGAUUUGCAUGAUCCUGCUCCUCAGGAUAAUGCCACAGAACCACUUUUAACACAGACAUUGGUGGACAUUCCAACAGGUAUAAUUGAGUCUAAAGGGCCAUUUUACAAUUGUGUACUUCAUUGCAAAGCCUUUGAUUGGAGUGAGGCUGAAGGUGACCAUGUUGUGAUAGAGACCAGUAUCUACUAGUAGUUGGCAUGAUAACAAAGUAAUUAAUUUACAUUUGAAAGCAGCAAGGUUUACUUUGUAUCAUAACAACAUCACCCCUUGCCUCACUCAUGUUCGAAGACUUAGCAACCAAGCACACAACUGUAAAAUGGACCAUUACAUUAUGACAUUUUUUCUUUUAAAUUUUUUUCUCUAUAUAUCUUAGUAUUCCUACAAUUACCUUCCAGUAAAUUAACCAAAAGGUUGCAAAUUUUAUGAAAUGUUCUAAACAAUAAUUAAAAAAGGCCUGCAUUUUGUUUUUUGCUAACUAAUGAUUUUCUUAAAUAAUAGAUGAGUAAAAACAAUAUUCAUCAACAAUUAUCUUUUUAGAUAACAACAUAUCAAGAUGUGAGGUUUCUUCUCAUGCCAGUGAUGCUCAAGGGGAGGAUGACAUGAAUGUAGAAAAUAUUCCUGCAGGUGAUAAUAAACUAUAGUCACAAUAGCAAAAGCCUCACUCCAAGGUUGUAUUAAUCUUAAAAUGAGGUGAUGAAAACAGUACAUACCGGUUCUUGUAUUGUAAUGAUAACAUGAUAAAAACCCAUGCAACUAAAAUGGAAAAUGACUUUUACCAACCAUUUGUCUAUACAUCAAUAAAUAAAAUAAAUACAGUCAAUAUCCGUGGCACCUGUAAUUCAUAAAAACUGCAUAAUUUAAGGGAUUCAACACAAAUGUCCCCAAAUCUGUAAACUUGUUGAUGUGAAAUGUGCACACCUCAAAAUUGUGAAGUGAACAUGUCCCAAAUAAUUUCAAAUAUUUAUUAACUUCCUUUCCUUUUUGUCUCAUAGAUGUUCUUGUCUCUGGUAUGGAAACAUUUUGUGAUGAGAAUGGUAACUUGUUCAACUAUGUUCAAAAAAAACUUGAUGCCGCAGAGUCCCAUACUCGCAAAACAUGGCGCAGUGUUGGAAGAGAGCUGAAGGUUAAUCCUGAUACUUUAAACUUGAUAGAAGCUGACACAAGAAGUCCCACAGCAUGUCUACUUGAAGCAUUAAAAACUUCUGCAAAGGAGCCUACAAUGAGGAAAUUUGUUCAAGCCCUCAAAAAUUGUGCAAGAAAUGACAUUGCAAAAUACAUCUGCAGCAGGCCAUGGGCCUCAACAGAACAUUAA